CUACCUACUAACCUAGGCAAAAGGUACGGGCUUGACGACCACGCACCAGUUCAUCGCCUCCAGCUCAACGACGCAUCCGCUUGACGAAAUAGAAUUGUGUCUUACCUCCGUCUCAUCCACGCCAGUUCCCGAAGCGUUGGCUGCUUCUUGCGUCGAGCUGAGGCGGUGUCGCCUACUUCUUCCAAGAGCCUCACGGCUCUCUCAUGUGUCAUUGAAGAGCUAGUGAGAGGAGAUCAAGGAUAAGAAAUGAAAGCCAUCAUCCAGCGCGUGCUGUCGGCAUCAGUAACGGUCGACAAGGAGGUCAUCUCAUCCAUUGGAAAGGGCGUCCUCGUCUUCGCCGCCGUCGCACCUGGUGACACGGAGAAGGAGAUCAACACCAUCGCCUCCAAAGUCCUCAAAAUGAAGUUGUGGGAUGACGAGUCGGGUGGGCGCUGGAAGAAGAGUGUCACUGACAUUGGUGGCGAGGUCCUGUGCGUGUCUCAGUUCACCCUGUUGGCACGCACGAAAAAGGGCACAAAGCCAGACUUCCACGGCGCGAUGAACCCGGAAGAGGCGGCCCGCCUAUAUCACUACUUCGUUCAGAAGGUAAAGGACGACUACGCGGAGGACCGAGUCAAGGACGGCAAGUUUCAGGCCAUGAUGGAAGUUGCGUUGGUGAACGACGGACCCGUCACGCUCGAGCUUCAAUCUGGGCCCAAGGCCGCGGAAGACCCUUGAAGAAAACCCCGGCGAUGGCUUGGACUUGUGAACAGGCAAAAGGGCCGUACCUCAGGCCGUGCCGCGUGGCAGGCCUGUACGGGCAGCGGCUGAAGUUGUGUGACGGCACGAAACGGUAAGUCGUCGGCGCGAUGUGGAUAGGUUCAAACGCUACCGGAGCCGGAUCUGGGGCUGGAUGCAUGCAUGAUAGACAUAGAAGGCAGACUAUUGCGAUUUUUCUCGCGAUAGCGCUUGUUUCAGGUGUAGACUAGAUCCUGGCUGCAGGUCCUGAACCUCAGCAUGGGAGUCGGCGUUCCCUACCCUCCAUACGAUGUACACACUGUGCGCUGCUCAGGCGAUGCAACGCGGGCUAUUGCUUCAAUACAUG